AUGUCCACAAGUGAAUCUGAAGACGAAGAGUUGGAGCCAAUAGAAGAAAGACAAAAAGUUGAACAUUCUGAAGAAGAAGUGCAAGAAGAUGAUACUCUACAUUUCAACUGUGUAGUCCACAAAGCCUUGAGCACUCUUGUUGUCCUAGAUCAAGAAGAACAACGAGAGAACAACUUCUAUGGCAAAUGCAAGAUUCCUGGUGCUACAUGUAGUUUCAUCAUUGAUGGAGGGAGUUGUAACAAUGUGGUAGACAAGCAAGUCCUCAUUUCUAUUUCCAUUGGGAAAUACCAAGAUGAUGUGUUGUGUGAUAUAAUCCCAAUGCAUGUUUGUCACAUCUUAUUGGGUCGACCAUGUCAAUAUGAUCGAGACACCUUACACCAUGGUAAGGCAAACAAGUACACCAUUCAUAAGGGAGGUAAGAAGUACACUUUGACGCCACUAGCACCAAAGGAAGUGUACAACAUCCAAGUGCAAUCCAAAAAGUUGAGAGAAGAACUUGCCCAGAAGGCAAAAGAGGCCAUGUCCAUGAAGGAAAACACUAGUGGAAAAUUAAAGGCCUUAGGUCAAGAGAAAAAGGAAAGGAAAGAAGGGAUGAAAAAGGACACUACGCAAUCAUCUCGUAACUUGCUCAUGACAAAAAGAGAAGUGGAGAGAGCCUUAAGAAGGGGAGGGGGAGUUUUCUUGCUUUACCCUAUUGAGUUUUGUCUAAAUGUUAUUAAAAAUGAAACUAUCCCUUCUGAUGUUUCUAUCCUGCUUUAUGAAUUUGCAGAUGUCUUUCCUGAAGAAUUACCAAAGGGGUUACCUCCAAUUCGUGGGAUUGAGCAUCAAAUUGAUCUCAUACCUGGAGCAAGUUUUCCUAAUAGACUGGCCUAUCGCACCAAUCCCGAUGAGGCUAAGGAGAUUCAACGUCAAGUUGAUGAGUUAUUGCAAGCUGGAUUCAUCCAAGAAAGCCUAAGCCCAUGUGCUGUGCCCGUACUUCUUGUACCAAAGAAAGAUGGCACGUGGCGAAUGUGUGUUGAUUGUCGCGCAAUCAAUAACAUCACAGUGAAGUAUCGCCAUCCUAAUCCUAGGUUAGAUGAUAUGCUUGAUGAAUUGCAUGGAGCUAAAAUUUUUAGUAAAAUAGAUCUAAGAAGAGGCUAUCAUCAAAUCAGAAUGCAAAAGGGUGAUGAAUGGAAAAUUGCCUUCAAGACAAAAAAUGGUCUAUAUGAAUGGUUAGUUAUGCCAUUUGGGUUAACAAAUGCCCCUAGCACAUUCAUGAGAUUGAUGAAUCAUGUUCUUAGAAAUUUUAUUGGGAAAUUUGUUGUUGUAUAUUUUGAUGAUAUUCUCAUUUACAGUAGAGACCCUCAAGAGCAUAUAAUACAUCUUAAAGAAGUCUUUCUUGUUUUGAGAAGAGAAAAAUUGUAUGCUAAUCUUGAGAAGUUAAGUUCUAAAGGCAUUGAAGUGGACGAGACCAAAUACAAGCAAUUCGAGAUUGGCCAACACCAAAAACAGCAACUGAAGUCCGUAGUUUCCAUGGCCUUGCCAGUUUCUAUCGGAGAUUUGUUAAGGACUUUAGUUCAAUUGCAGCCCCGCUGA